AUGACGGACGACAACGAGACACAAGUGCGUGUGCCGUCUAUCCAGCCUGGGGUUGACAUCAUCGGUCUCUUGCAUCGAAAGGACUCCAGCAGCAGCAGCAGCAGCAGCAGCAGCAGCUCGGGAGACCGACGCAUCGCGCUCAUCUUACACGGCCUGCUCGCACACAAGAACCAAUGCUACCAUCGAGCGCUUGCAGCAGCGCUGCCCAUCGACUCGUUCCGGUUCGACUUCAGAGGCAAUGGCGACACGGGCGGGGACUGGACGAUGGGCAACCUCGGUAACGACGUCGAGGAUCUGUCCAGCGUCAUCCGCCACCUGCACCACCAACUCGGAUACACGCUAGAGCUGAUCGUGGCGCAUUCCAGAGGAUCCAUGGUGUCAUGGAUUUAUCUCAGUCGGCCUGAGGCGGAGCUGAAGCGGGAUAUGGGUGCCAAGGGCUAUGUAGAUAAGCUGGUGGCCGUGUCGGGGCGAUGGCACAUGAAGAAAGUGUUACAGAGCUAUGCUCGCUUUCAGGAGGGGUUCGACAAGCAAGGAUUCUACGAGUGGAACAUCACCAGUGCGGGCAAGAAACGCAAAUACAUCGUCUGGCCCAAGGACCUGCAAGCAAUGUCCCAGCUUGAAACCCCCGUUGACUACGUGGCCAAGCUCAACACAAACACCCACGUGUAA